CCACAAGAAAAUGUUUGUAAGGUGGAGGAGGACGGGGUUUUCAGUGACCAGCACCUGGAUAACCUGGAGAGGAGCUGCAGCCCAGACCAGGAGGAACCAGGGCAUCCACAGACUACAGAACUGGAGGAAGACUCCAGCGGUCAGGAGAUGAAGCAUGAGGACGUAGAGGUGGAUGUCUCAUUGGUCAAUGUCGCUGAUGUGAAAGUUGAAAAUGGUGAACCAGGACCAAACUGUGGCCAGCUGCUGUUGCACACUUCUCCUGAAGCUCAAAACAAAGAUGAGGAAGGAACUGAAAGUUUACGCUCAGACUCCAGUAAAAUUGCAGGUUCGGAGCCAAUGAGACGACACGGUGACCACGAAGAUGCUGCUGUCCCGUCAGACAGCAAAUCAAAUCUGACCAGGACCCACACAGGGAAGAAGGCGUUUUCUUGCAGAACUUGCAGGAAAGAGUUCAGUAAACAUAGUUUUUUAAUGGAUCACAUGAAGAGCCACACUGGCGAAAGGCCGUACCUGUGCGACACCUGCAACAAAACCUUUACUAGAUCAUCACAUCUUAAACGCCACAUAACCACGCACACGGGCGAGAAGCCCUACAUCUGCAAAACAUGUGGAAAAAGUUACAGGCUACGUGCCCACCUGGUGGUUCACUCGAGGAUCCACACCGGCGAAAGGCCGUACCUGUGCAACACCUGCAGCAAAACCUUUACUACAUCAUCAAAUCUUAAAAGCCACAUAACCACGCACACGGGCGAGAAGCCCUACAUCUGCAAAACAUGUGGAAAGAGUUACACGCAACGUUCCACCCUGGUGAUUCACUCGAGGACCCACACCGGUGAAAAGCCGUACCUGUGCAACACCUGCGGAAAAACCUUUACUGAAUCAUCAACUCUUAAACAGCACAUAACCACGCACACGGGCGAGAAGCCAUAUUUGUGCAAGACGUGCAACAAAGGUUUUAGCCGCAGAAUUGAUUUGCUGAGUCACAUGAAAAAUCACCCAGAGGAGGAGAAGAAAGAUGAGGAAGAGACUGAAAGUUUACACUCAGACUCCAGUAAAACUGCAGAUCCGGAGCCAAUGAGACGACACGGUGACCACGAAGAUGCUGCUGUCCCAUCAGACAGCAACGAGUUCAUUGAAAGUAAUAUUUUAAUGGAUCACAUGAAGAUCCACACUGGCGAAAGGCCGUGCCUGUACAACACCUGCAACAAAACCUUUACUACAUUAUCAAAACUUAAACGGCACAUAACCACGCACACGGGCGAGAAGCCCUACAUCUGCAAAACAUGUGGAAAAAGUUACACAGAACGUUCCAACCUAGUGAUUCACUCGAGGACCCACACUGGCGAAAGGCCGUACCUGUGCAACACCUGCAACAAAACCUUUACUAAAUCAUCACAUCUUAAACGCCACAUAACCAUGCACACGGGCGAAAAGCCCUACAUCUGUAAAACAUGUGGAAAAAGUUACAGGCUACGUUCCCUCCUGGUGGAUCACUCGAGGACCCACACCGGUGAAAGGCCGUACCUGUGCAACACCUGUGGAAAAACCUUUACUCAAUCAUCAAAACUUAAACGGCACAUAACCACGCACACGGGCGAGAAGCCCUACAUCUGCAAAACAUGUGGAAAAAGUUACACAGAACGUUCCACCCUGGUGAUUCACUCGAGGACCCACACCGGCGAAAGGCCGUACCUGUGCAACACCUGCGGAAAAACCUUUACUCAAUCGUCAAAACUUAAACGGCACAUAACCACGCACACGGGCGAGAAGCGAUAUUUGUGCAAGACGUGCAACAAAGGUUUUAGCCGCAGAAGUAUA